AUGACAAUAAAAUUGAAGAAGUAUGUAGAGACCGUAAAGACAAGAUUGAAGAAGUACGGAGAGACUGUAAUGAUAAGAUUGAAGAAGUACAGAGAGACUGCAAUGAUAAGAUUGAAUAAGUACGAAGAGGCCGUAAUGACAAGAUUGAAUAAGUACGGAGAGGCCGUAAUGAUAAGAUUAAAGAAGCACGGAGAGGCUGUAAUGACAAGAUUGAAUAAGCACGGAGAGGCUGUAAUGACAAGAUUGAAUAAGUACGGGGAGGCCGUAAUGACAAGAUUGAAUAAGUACGGAGAGGCUGUAAUGACAAGAUUGAAUAAGUACAGAGAGGCUGUAAUGACAAGAUUGAAUAAGUAUGGGGAGGCCGUAAUGACAAGAUUGAAUAAGUACGGAGAGGCUGUAAUGACAAGAUUGAAUAAGCACGGAGAGGCUGUAAUGACAAGAUUGAAUAAGUACGGGAGCGUAAUGACAAGAUUGAAUAAGUAUGGCGUGACACACAAGAAAAGAAGUUUCCAGAGCACAGUUCCAGAACAGGAAACAGAAGAAAAAAGAGAGAUCUUAGCUGACCUUUCAGAAGAUUUGGAGAGGCUUGCACAAUUAUGUUACCUGGAUACGUCUCGUGAAAUGAUGGAUUCAUUGGCACGUGACGAGUUUAUAGAUGGUAUAACAGACGAGGAUAUGAGAAUUAGGCUGAAGAAAAGUAGGUGUAAAUCUUUCAAAAAAGCUCUGUAG